AUGAGUCGUGAACCGCCCGAUUCGAAGCGUAAUCGUAUCGCUCGCAACCUCUUCGGUCCGCGUCCCUACCACACUCGUGUGCAGACGUCGCAGGGCGGAGGAAACUCCAUCUCCAGCAGCAACCAGGGCCCUCAGGCGGGCCCCUCGACUGCCAGCCUUGGAACUCAGCCUGCUACCUCAAACCAUGCACCCUCGACUGCAUACUCUUUUCCGCCCACUACUGACUACUCGGUUCCACCUGUGACCAACUACACUGCGCCUCGCGCCACCGGCUACUCUGCUCCGCCUGCGACUGUCUACUCCACACCUCCCGCCACGAACAGUACCUCGCAGGCUCUUGCCUUCCACCAGUUCCCCAACACGGUGGCCCAGAGCAACUCGGAGGCGAUCCGUACCCAGCACACCUCACAAGUCUCGGCGCUGCAGCAAUUUGCGCCACAGCAGCUGUCGCAGUCCGAGAUCGAGGAGGCUCUGCAGUUUCCUCUCGGCAACCUGCCACCCCCCUUAACCUGGGGUCAGCAGGGGUACAUGUCUCCCGCCCUGGCAGGUUACACCGGAGUGUACGGUAACGAGGUUGAAAGUGGCAACCACGACCGCCAAGUGAUCGCUCCGCCUGCUGCCGGCAACACUGGCACUUCGAGCUUCAACGAGCCUACUGUACGCCAUGGUGGCAGCCAGGACUUUGGUGCCAACAUCAACACCGCGACUGUCCCUGGCUCGAGCACCUAUGACGUUCUCGCUGGUGCGAGCGUCUCACAGUACUAUCGCACUCUGCCUCCAGCUCAGCAAGUGCCAGCCAACCCUACCCAACCCCAGACCAUGCAGCAGCCCUAUGGUGGUAUUUCGACUGCCGCUCCGCCGACUAUCCCCCCGUCUCAGCACACUGUCUCCUCCAACCACACUACGGCGAGCCAGAACAGCCGCGGCCUGAACGACAGGACCAACAGACUUCUUGGUCAGAACUCUCGCUCAACAGUCGACAACGCUUCACAGUCAGCAACUUUCCCGCCCUGGUUGCUUGCGCCUGAUCUCGGACCGCGCGACGUUACCACCGGAGAGUUCGAGCAGUUCAGGCGUAAUGUGGCCGGUGCACCCAUGGAGCGACCCGCGCACCGUGGUCUCCUCAACUCUUUCCCGAUGGUGCGCUCCAACGAGGCACCCUCCGCUUCGUUCAACACGCACCUCGUGCAGACUCAAGGCCCAAGCAACCCCAUGGUGCCACCCCCGUCUGCGUCCGCCCCGCUCUCGGGUCCGCUGGACGAGGUCACAACCUCGAACACCCAGCAGUUCCAGGCUGUCGAUCCCUCCUCGACGCCUCUCGGCGGCACUGCCGGCAGUCAAGACGAGUGUCCGCUGAGCAUGGCUGUUCUCCUCGCGGGGGCUCUUCAGACGCAGAACCAACAGGUGCUUCAUCCCUCUCAGACUUCCCAGGCUCCCCAGCCUCAGUGGCAGUCGCAGAUCCCUGCCGAACACGGCAGCCGCAACCUUCCCACCGAGUCUUCGCAAUCCCAUCCCAUGAAUCAGGUGCGCCAGAGCCAGCCUCUCAGCCUGGGUUACAAUCAUGCGGCCCAUCCGUCUGCGCCGGCCCAGCCGUGGACCCUCCACCCCGGUUACGGUCAGCCUGUACCCGAAGCAGGCGUUUCGGGACCCAGCACCAGCGCGGCAACGACGGACACGACGAUGGCCUUUCUGGGGCAAGCGGCCACCGACACGAGCAUGACGGACGACCACAACGACACCACCAUGUCGCCUGGCCAAGAGUACGAGAACAACGAAACCAGCGACUCAACCCUCACUGAUUUUGAGCUCGUGCCGUCGCCUGAGCCAGAGCCCGAGCCUGCCCGUACUCCCACUCCCCCGCCCAGGGUCGACGAGGCGCAGUUCGCCGCCGAUCUUCGCAACGGAACCGUGAAUCCGGCCCGUCUUCGAGGCGGCUUCGCUCUCCCCGGCUUCCAGCCUCCGCCUGGUGGAACCGAGCGCCUCAACAGGCUACGCCGCACGUUCCAGGGGCAGCUGAUGAAGAGCGCAGCGAACGGCCAGACUGGCCAGGGCUCCUCCACCCAGGGCUCGUCUACCCUGGGCCCAUCAACCCAGGGCUCAUCCACCAUGGGCUCUACCAUCAACGGCGCCCAAGUCAACGCGGACUACGCCAACAGCACGCUUCAGGAGUGGGCGAACAGGCUGCAAGUGGGACGUAUUCAAGAGGAGAACGCGGCUCUCGGCGCCGCACUCGUCGCGCAGGCCGAGGGCAACAGUUCGACCGGCGGGUCAUGGACGUGGGCUGUGCAGUCAGAGGCUCCGUACCUCACGCUCAAAACGUUCCAACCGAACAAGAACGCCCCUCGUUCUAGCACUGGGGGCAAGACACCCCGCACCGCCGAGCCUAGAACCUCUGUUAUGGGAACCUCUGCCGCUGCCUCUCGCACGCAGGACAAUGGCGACAACGGCACGAGCAGUGCGAGCGGUGCGAGUGAAUCCAGUACUGCCACUUCGAGCGAGGUCGUCACCCCUCCCGAGCCCGACACGAACAACAACCCGCCUUCGCCGGGCUCUAGCGUGGAUGCAGAGGGCUCAACCGAUGAAGAGUGCGAGGCCGGCCACAUCGGCCACAAUUUUCGUUCCUUUCGAGCCGAAAUUGUGAAUUCCGCCACUCCCUUCCCGUCCGCUAGCGCUCUGAAGCAGGGGCAGAAGAGCGAACGCAAGCGCGAGCACAAGCAGAUCGAAAUGACUUACGAGGAUUUCCUUGACCUCGCGAAGGCUGUCAAGGACUCAAACCUUCCAACCAUGACCACCAAUAGCGAGCUGGGGACCACCCGCGACAAGCGCCUCCGUACCGCCCUCGGAGUGACUGAGCCCAUGGUUCACGUGGAGUGGCUUUUUGCUGGCGGUGUAUGCGGUAUCCGGGUCGUCCAGCCUCCGUCUCGCGCUGCACGUCCGGACCGCCCCACUCUGCGCGUCAACGCCGACAGGCGGCCCCGCCACAUGUCCGAGCGCGCAUACGAGAUGGCCACGGCAGCCUACGUCGAGACGUCGCCGCAGCUCCAGCCCGUCGGCCCAGCGCCGGAGUUCACCAUCACUCAGCGCCGCCUCCCCCGUCUCGCUACGCAGGUUAGGCCGCAGCUGGCGCAGAUGCCAGCCGACAAGUGGCCGGCGCCCCAAGUGCCCGCGCAGCAGCCCCAGCAGCGGGAGACGCAGCGCAGACGCCAGCCGUCUUCGUCGCUGGAUGAACAGGCUCAGAGGGUUUUGGAGGCUAUCAUUCAAGACCGGAACCUCGGCCGGGUCCAGGAGCCGGGGUCCGGUAGCAGCAGCAACAUUGCGGACCGCUUGCAGAACCUCAACCUCGGUCAGGCGAGCCGCGAAGGGUACAUGCCAUGGCAUCAGGGCCUGGCUAGGCUGCCCGUUCCUCGCCCUCGGGGCAGCACUCAUCAGCAAGCCGAAUCUCUCCCGGCUGGACUCCAGCGCCUGCUCAACGACCUGUUCCCGCCCUCGCCAACCGCGGCGUACCCGACCCCGCCUCCGGCCUAUCAAAAUGAAGACACGCCGUCCGGCUCUCUCCACAACCAGCACAACCAGCUCGCUGCGCACCUCCACCGCCAGUCCCCGCCAGGCUACCACGCUGGUCUGCAUAUGCCUAUCCGCGCGCCGAAUCCCGUCCGCCCGCCUAUGAUGAGGUUCCGCCCUCCGACCCAGGCGCAGCUCGGCCCCUACCGUCCCCCCGCUGGGUACUAUGGCUGGGCGAACGCCGGUCCGCUGCCUGGAGUGCCGGGAGCCCCUGCGGAAUGGCGUCCCUUGCCCACUCCGUCUGUCAACAGGCGUCCUCCGCCCCCCGCCUUUGGCCCUCAGUAUCAGGCCCGCCCCCAGCCUACCGUGGGGCAGCGUCCUCACAUCCCAGGACAGAACUAUCGUCCUCAGCGUCCGUCUGUCCGUCCCCCGCCUCGUCCCGAGGCUCCCAUCUCGCCUCUGGCACUUCCUGCUCCGGCUGGUCCAACCUUGCCUGAACAGGCAUCUGCUCGUCCAGCCGCUACGCCGCCUGCAUACGCCACCGCGCCGACGACGCUGCACCAUCCCCGUCCGCUCCACCACCUCCGUCCGAGCCUGCACUUGAACAUCGCGCCGUCGUCGCCUCUCGUGCUCCCCCGUCCGAGCCCCAACACCCAGAGGAACAACAGGCUGCACGAGGCCGCGCACCGCGCCUUCAACAACCCGCCCACUCGUCCCGGUCCAGGCGAGGGACACGCCUUCAUCAACGGCGCGAUCAUUCUCAACCGCAUCGUUCCCGACCAAGUCCCCGGCGCAGACGUGUUCCCGUACGGUCCUAGGGCCGAGAAUGUCGCGGAGCCUGUGCGCGUUCUGCAGCUCGAUGGCGACCAGGGUACCUUUGAGCCGAAUGGUCUCCGUGUGGAUGAGAGGGUGAUCAAGCUCAGGGAGGCGGUGGAGAAGGAGUACCGCCGCUUCCGGCGCUGGCUUCGCAUCGUCACUCGGCUUGCGAGGAGCCCUCGCGUGUCGGAGCGGGUUAUGUGGAGGCUGAGGGUCUACCUUGCUCGAGUGGCCAGGCUGCGCCGCGCCGAGCACGACAAGGCCGACAAGCCCGCCAAGAACGAUCACAGCAAGCCCGACAACCUCGACAGCGCAGCCCCGAACGGCGACAGUACCCAGAAGCCCCAGGACCUCAGCAGACCCACCCCCGACCGCAAGGACAAGCCCAAGCAGACCACCAAGUUCAAGGACGGGUUCCGUAACCGCCAGGCUCUCAAGGGCAAGAAGUCGCAGAAGCAGCAGGCGGCGAAGGCGAUGCCGACUGGCUCGAAGGCGGCUGAGUCCGAGUCCACGGCGGAGGAGAAGGAGAAGCAGUCGAACGAGAAGCAGGGCGGAGAGCAGAAGGCGAAGUUGGACGACGACAGCCACGGCGACGAGAAGGAGGGUGGGGAGGGUGGUGACGAGCCUCAGCCUUCCGGCUGCACCUCACAGUAA